AUGGCCGUCACUGAGGAAGUUAAGGUGGCCGAGAAGACCGCCCAUCCUGAAGACAGCGAUAUCCGAAAGGCAUCAGUUGCGGUAGCAGGCUUCGCUGGUAUCUCAGCUGAAGCCCGAGAUGCCACCUCUAACGAGCACGAUAUGGGCUUUAUCCAAGCCCUCAAGCUAUAUCCAAAGGCUGUCGGGUGGUCGAUGCUUCUUUCAACCGCCAUCAUCAUGGAAGGGUAUGAUGUCGUCCUACUUGGCUCGUUCUACGCUCUUCCCCAGUUCAACGAGAAAUAUGGCGUUCUCGCGGACGAUGGCACAUAUACCGUCCCAGCCCCAUGGAAAUCGGGCCUAUCCAACGGCGCUCUCUGCGGCGAAAUCUUGGGUCUUUUUAUCAACGGUAUCAUUUCCGAAAAAUAUGGCUACCGCAAGACCAUGAUUGCUUCCCUCGCCAUGAUGAUAGCAGUCAUCUUCAUUCCUUUCUUCUCCCAGAACAUUCAAACACUGCUUGCUGGAGAGAUUCUCUGUGGUAUCCCAUGGGGUGUCUUCCAAACACUUACCACUGCAUACGCUUCAGAAGUGUGCCCCGUUGCGCUCCGCGCUUAUCUUUGCACAUAUGUUAACCUUUGCUGGGUUAUCGGCCAAUUUAUUGCCUCCGGCGUGCUUCGUGGAGUCUUGUCUCGCGAAGACCAAUGGGCUUACCGUAUUCCAUUUGCCCUCCAAUGGAUGUGGCCUGUUCCCAUCCUCAUCGGUGUUAUCUUUGCCCCAGAGUCUCCUUGGUGGCUGGUGCGAAACAACCGCACUGAAGAAGCUAAGAAAGCCCUCCUCCGUCUUACCACUCGCGGGGACCCUACUUUCAAUGCGGACGCCACCAUUGCUAUGAUGACACAUACCAAUGAAAUUGAGAAGCAGAUCUCUGAGGGAACAUCUUACCUUGAUUGCUUUAAAGGGAUCGAUCUCCGUCGUACCGAAGUUGCCUGUAUCACUUGGCUUGUUCAGACCUUGUGCGGAUCAACGUUCAUGGGCUACUCGACAUAUUUCUACCAACAAGCCGGCCUGCCAACCACCUCCGCCUUUGACUUAUCUAUGGGCCAGUACGCAUUGGGAAUGGUCGGUACUGUGGGAAGCUGGUUCUUGAUGUCGCGAGCCGGCCGACGAACCAUAUAUCUCCGAGGUUCUAUUGUCUUGUUCGUACUGCUGCUCAUCAUCGGAUUUACUGCCAUUGCACCGGCGUCGAACGUACCCUCUCGUUGGGCAAUUGGAUCAAUGCUGUUGAUCUUCACCUUCAUCUAUGACUUGACAGUUGGGCCAAUCUGCUACGCUCUUGUUGCCGAAGUCUCUUCCACGCGCCUUAAGGCAAAGACGGUGGUGCUUGCGCGAAACCUGUACAAUAUUGGCGGAAUAGUCGUCAAUAUCCUCACAACAUACCAACUCACUCCCACUCCGACCGGCUGGGGCUGGGGCGCCAAGUCAGCCUUCUUUUGGGCUGGAAGCUGCUUCCUGUGCAUCAUCUGGGUCUAUUUCCGACUGCCCGAGCCCAAGGGGCGCACCUAUGCUGAGAUGGACGUUCUCUUCGAACGUGGUAUCGCCGCACGCGAUUUCCGUACUACCGAGCUAGAUAUCUUCAGUGGCGACCAUACCACGGACAGUGAGAGUGACAAAGGUAUAGAGAAAAGCGAUGUCACUGUGGUUGAGAAUGAGAAGAGCGGUGUCCCAGUGGCUGAAAGGUUGUAA